AGGGGCCGCGGGGUGAGCGCGGAGCCGGAGGGAUGGACGGCGUGCCGGGGCUGAAGGAGGACUGCGAGGAGCUGCUCGGAGCCUUCCAGCAGGCAGACACCGUCCGUUUCGAGCGCUUCGCCGAGCUGUGGAGGGAGCGCCGCUUCCACACCAUCUUCUAUGGUAGAAUAAGAGCUUUGGAGAGGAAUAAGAUCACAAAGAAGACUCUGGAUGUGGCCCAGCAGUACUUCUUUCCCCCCUAUUCCUUCCAGAUCCGAGUUGGUGCUCUGUACCUUCUGUAUGGGCUCUAUAAUGCCCAGCUUUGUCAGCCAAAACAAAAGAUCAGAAUUGCACUCAAGCAUUGGCCUGAAAUCCAGAAAUUUCAGCUGGAUCUGCUUGAUGCCCAGCACUAUGAUGCAGUCUAUAUCUUCAGGAGACUGAGACUUGCCAGAGCCUUCCACUUCACAGCAAUGCCAAAGCCACUGACCUACAGAACUAAGAAGAAGAUUGAGAAAAAUUACUUUAAAGAAGAAUUUAAGGACCCAAGUGACAGAGUAAACAGCCUCAUCACUAAUGAUGUACUGGAGGAGCUGAUGAAUAUUCACGACCACUACCAGAAAAUGAAGUGUGUCAUUUCAGCUGACAAAUCCCAGCCAGACAAGGCCCUGAGCUUGAUAAAAGAUGACUUUGUGGUUAAUCUCAAAGACAUAACCUUGGAACAUCAGGAAUGGCAGCAGAACAGAAUGAAAUUGCUCCGAAAUGCUGAAGUAGCUCCUGAAGCAGAAGACAAAAAGAAAGAGGAGACUUUGCUAAAAUCAGAGGGUUCUGAAAGAGCAAAUGCCCUGGCCAGAAUCAAAUACAAGUCUUAUUCUGCAGUUGUUGAGGUUUCCAGAUCCAGGAGACAUCGGCGAGUGCAGUUGGAAUCCUCUGAAUCAGGGCCCAGUUGUGGGAAGUCUCCAGGUCGUAAAAAAGGCAGCAGGACACCUCAGCCAGCCAGGAGAGGUUCUUCAGAAGUUAGAGGUGAAAAGCAAGUGGCAGAGGAAGCUGUAACUCGGCAUAUCGGGAUGCCAGUAAUUGUAGAAGAGGACUCAGAGGAAGGAGAAGUGUCUCUCCCCAAGAGGAGAAAACGACGUUAGAGGAUCCAGUUGGGGAAGCACUAAUGUUAAUUUUAAUGACAAAAUGAAAAUGUCAGAGGUAACACCAAGUGCUUGCUUUGGAUACCUUUGAACAUAACAGAAGUAUCUGGGACCAGAAGCACAGGUGAUGCUGGAAGGGAUGCUGGCAGUGACUGGGACACUUCAGCUGUCUUGUGGUGCCUUUAUCCACCUGGUGAACACUUCUUGUGGGAGGCUGAAGUUGCUGUGGCCUGGGUGAGCUGGAAAGAGAAGGCUCAGAGAAUAUUUGCCCAUGUAAGACAUGUCUGUAAUCCCUUAUCUCUGAACAUAACGUUAUUGACUGUUGGAAAUUAGUGCAAUAAAUUAUUUUUCAUGCUUGA